CCGGCAUGCCCCAGCCGCUGCCCCCCACUCAGCUGUACGCGGCGGAGCGGGCGGCGGUGCUGACCUCGUGCGUGCUGUCGUCGCUGGGCUCCGGGCUCCUGGUGGGCACCCACGCCCUGUGGCCGGAGCUGCGGACCCGUCCCCGGGAGCUCCUGCUCUACCUCUCGUUGGCCGACCUCCUCUCCGCCCUCUCUUAUUUCUACGGGGUGCUGCAGGACUUCGACAGGACCUCGUGGGACUGCGUGCUGCAGGGCGCCCUGUCCACCUUCUCCAACACCAGCUCCUUCUUCUGGACCGUGGCCAUUGCCCUCUACCUCUAUGUCACCAUUGUGAGGGGCUCGCCCACGGGUGCGGGUUUGCUCUGCUGCUUCCACAUCGUGAGCUGGGGAGUCCCCCUUGCCAUUACGAUUGCAGCUGUGGCUCUGAAGAAAAUAGGCUACGAUGCUUCCAAUGUUUCUGUGGGCUGGUGUUGGGUCAACUUGGAUGCAGAGGAUCGAGUGCUGUGGAUGCUGCUGACGGGGAAAGUUUGGGAGUUACUGGCCUAUGUGACUUUGCCUGUGCUCUAUAUCCUCAUCAAAAGGCACAUUAAUAGAGCGCAUGCAGCUCUCUUAGAGUAUCGUCCCAUUCUCUCAAGUGCACCUGCUCUUCAGCCAUGGACUUCCACAGCAGACAAGAAGUUGAUUCUCAUCCCUGUCAUCUUCAUCAUCCUCCGCGUCUGGAGCACUGUGCGCUUCAUUCUGACGCUCUGCAACUCCCCUGCAGUGCAAAAUUCAGUCCUGGUUGUCCUGCAUGGAAUUGGAAACACGUUUCAAGGAGGUGCCAACUGUAUUAUGUUUGUCCUCUGCACGCGUGUGGUCCGAGCUCGGCUGCUGUCCUCCAUUUGCUGUUGUCACCACGAUGAUGUGGGUUGGCCUUGGCGAAGCCCGAGCAGCAGCCGGCAGCACGCAGACCCUGCUAAGAGUGAGGAUGUGCCAGACCCCGAGCAGACGAAGCCCCUGCUGCCCAGAACCUGAACCUCAUCUGCCCAUGUCUUGACACUGAUUCCAUCCUGCUGGGUGUGGGAUCAUCCCCGAGCCCCACAGGGGGAGCUAAAGCCUGGGGAAAAGCACUGCUGGAGCGGCUGAGUACAGUGAAGAUGUCCCACUCCUGUGGGUUCUGAUCCCUGCUGCUGCAGUCUUGGACUUUGCUCAGGAUCCUCUGGAAGAUACUUUGUGGCUCCCUCCAGCUUCCUGGUUUUUCUUCCCUCCUUCUCCUCUCGUUCCACCAUACAUCUUAAAUUGUUUGGAGUUUGGCUUUUCAGUCUGACAGGACAAAUGUGUUGUGAGUUCUGGGGUGAAUGAAUGUGGGUGUAGGGGAACUUUAGUUGCUGCUGAAUAGGACUGCCCUGGGUGUGAGUUCCAGUCCUCAUGUGUGAGCUCUGCUGGGGAGCUCUGGCCUGGCUCACACUCUUCACUUGAACAUGGACAGACAUUGGUUUGUGGUGGAGAUGGAUGGUUCCUCUUCAUGCUUUGUUCCUCCUUCUCAGUGGCCACGGGUUGUUGCCAGGGUUUGUGGUGGCUGCAUGCUUACUGCCUGCUGGGGAUGUCUGAACUCUGGGGGCAUCUGGGUGUCUUCUCACAGCAGGGAGGGUGCAUCUGCUGUGCUCUGUUCUUGGCAUGUGGGUGCCGGAUCAGAGCUGGGAAGGGUCAGCUUGUUGUUUGCUGUUUGCAGGUGCUGUUUGAACCUAUUGACAACUCCUUGUGUUUUUUUAAAAUAUUUUCUCCAACUUCUACAAAAUAAAGUUGUGUUUCUUUACCAA